CGAGCCCAUUAACGCCCACAUUAAACUGUCGAUGAGGGCGGUAAUACAUUUGUAACUCAAAACAGCAAUCAUGGCAUUCACUUUCGUCGCAUUUUGCUAUCUUUUUGCAAUGAUAUUGUCUGCUGUUCUCAUAUUUUUCGCUAUAUUUCAUAUAAUUGCAUUUGAUGAACUGAAGACCGAUUAUAAAAAUCCAAUUGAUCAGUGUAACAGUCUCAAUCCUCUGGUUCUUCCAGAGUAUUUUAUUCACUUACUCUAUACAAUCUUAUUCUUCUGUGCGUUUCAAGUUGUUACAGUUUGCCUUAAUAUUCCAUUGGUUGCAUAUCAUAUUUACAGAUAUGCGAAUCGUCCAGUUAUGUCUGGGCCUGGAUUGUAUGAUCCAACCACAAUAAUGAAUGCAGACAACCUAUCAAGGUGUAUGAAGGAAGGCUGGAUUAAAUUAGCAUUUUAUCUUCUUUCUUUCUUCUACUAUUUGUACAGUAUGAUCUAUGUUCUGGUGUCAUCUUAGCUUACUACAAGUGGUGAAAAAAUUAUCAACAAAUUGAUUUGUGAGGCCACACAAAACAAUGCAAAAAAAAAAAAAAAAAAAAAGCAAGUUUCAAAGAAGCUAGCUUAUCACAAAGCUU